AGCAGAGCGGGACAGGUGCCAACGUCAAUGGCCGCGCCACAGCAAGCCAGCUGACAGUCUGCUAAAUUGAGGAGUAAGCCUGGAAUUGCCGAACUGGCAGCGUCAGUCGCCGCUGUGGCAAGCAAGCAUGGCGCGCGUGAUGCGGGCGAAAGAGGCGGAACUGGACGCCGCGGUGGGGGCCGUGGACCUCAACAAGAGGCUCCAGCAGCGCGCCGCCGAGAGCUGGUGUGGCCUGGCGUGACGCGUGCGUGCGAGCCCCGAACGGACGCCGCACCGCUUCCAUGGCAGUGCAUGCCACGCCAGCCGCAGCCAUUGCACGCCGCUGGAGCUCACCUCGCAUGCAACCUGCUCGAUGAAAUGCCUCAGACGAAGACUAGGGGAGGGAGAAGAGAUGAGACAGAAUAUGUCCCCAUUCAGCUUGCCAGGUUUCAUAAGCAUUGACUGUGGGUAUACCACAACGCCGAAGUACACUGAUGACAGGACAGGCAUAACAUAUGUAUCUGAUGAUGGUUUCACAGACUCUGGGUUGAUCCAUUCUGUCAACCGAGAAGAGAACAUGCAGCCGGACGUUGCCCUGAGGUACUCUACUGUUCGCUCCUUCCCCAAUGGGACACGCAACUGCUACACAUUGCAGUCUCUAACGCCGGGUGGCAAGUAUUACGUGAGGGCUGCCUUUGGCUAUGGGAACUAUGAUGCACUAGGCAUGCCCCCUACAUUUGAUCUCUAUCUCGGGGUCAAUUACUGGACGACGGUGAGCAUUAUUAACUCCAGUACUGCCUACAUAUUUGAGAUAGUUGCUGUGUCCCCUGCCAACUACCUGCAAGUUUGUUUCGUGAACAAAGGGUUAGGAACUCCUUUCAUCUCAGGGCUGGACUUGAGAUCAUUACAAGAAAAUCUUUAUCCAUAUUCCACGGCAACACAAUCUCUAGUUUUGCUCAGCUUUUUCCGUGAUACUGUUGGUUUUGGGCCCAAUCGCUACCACUUUGGAACUGAUUAUCGACACAUUAGGUACCCAAAUGAUACCUAUGACCGAAUAUGGCAGAAGUAUGAAGACGUUCCUACCUGGACAAUAUUGUCCGAUACUAUCAAUGGGAUAGUCAACAAUUCUCCGAAUGACACCUAUGGUGCACCAUCUGCAGUGAUGCGUAGUGUAUCCACUCCGGUGAAUGCUUCAACGAUGGAUCUAUGGUGGAGUUCAGAUUCAUCCAUGAAUGUUGAUGCCAAUACCAAGUUCUUGGUUGUGCUCUAUUUUGCCGAGUUGGAGACGCUGCGAGAGGAUGCGUUUCGGGAAUUCAGCGUCAUUCUGGAUAAUAAUAUCACAUUAGUUAGUGCGUUCAGGCCAGAGCAGAUGUUGACUACUGUUUUUACGGGUAUUGUGCAAGGUACAGGAAGUCAUGCUAUCUCCCUUGUGGCAACACCAAACUCCAAGCCGCCUUUGAUUAGUGCAAUGGAGAUAUACUUGAUGCGACCACUGAAUGGAUCUGCCACUUACGCUGGAGAUGCCAUUGCAAUGAUGACUAUCCAGACAAAUUAUUCUAUUAAGAGAAACUGGGAAGGAGAUCCAUGUUCCCCUGUAGCUUUUGCAUGGGAUGGCCUGAACUGCACUUACAAUACCAGUGGUUCAUCGAGAAUAAUCGCCUUAUAUCUGUCAUCCAAUGGAUUGAAUGGUGAAAUUGUUCCUUCAUUUGGCCAGCUAGCAUCACUCCAGCACUUGGAUCUAUCGCACAACAAUCUGUCAGGAUCAAUACCCAAUUUUCUGGGUCAACUGACGUCACUUACAUUUCUAGAUUUGUCAAGCAACAACCUUAGUGGACCAAUUCCUACAAGUUUGCUACAAAAAUCUCAGGAUGGAUCGCUGACACUAAGGACUGACAACAAUCCGGACCUUUGUACGAACCCUGCUUCCUGUGACCCAAUUCCCAACCAAAAGAAUAGAAUACUUAAGAUCAUCAUUCCUACAAUUAUUGGAAUCAUUAUUGUCGUUCUACUUGUUGCAUUUACCAUUAGAUACAUUCACAAAAGAAAAAAGGAAACAGGAGACAAUCUGGAGCCACAGCCCACAGGGGACGAUCAGGGCCUACAAUCUAUGGGGAGCAAUCAGGGCCCACAACCUGCAGGGGACAAUCAGCCCUCACAAUCGUUACAGAACAACCAUGCAGACGUGCCUACUGGUCCACGGAUUCAGAGCUUCAGGUAUGAACAACUUGUGCUCAUGACGGAGAACUUUAGAAACAAAAUCAGUGAGGGGGGGUUCGGCUCAGUCUACGCUGGGAAGCUGGAGGACCAAACUCCUGUUGCUGUGAAGAUCAGAUCACAAGACUCAUCGCAGGGCGAUAAAGAAUUUUUAGCAGAGAUUAAGCACUUAGCCAUCGGGCGUCAUAGGAAUGUGGUGACAUUGUUUGGCUAUUGCAAGGAUGAGAAGCAUUUGGGCCUUGUCUACGAGUACAUGGCUGGGGGAAACCUAGAACAGCGGCUGAUAGCAGGAUCCAGAGGCCAGGAAGCCCCCCUCACCUGGUCACAACGCCUCAAGAUCGCGGUGGACUCUGCCAGUGGACUUCACUACUUGCACUCUGCCUUCAACACGCCAUUGAUCCACAGAGAUGUGAAGGCUACAAACAUCCUUCUAACCGAGAAACUGGAUGCCAAGAUCUCCGACUUUGGGAUGGCAAGGGCUCUCACCAGCGAAACAAGAACACACACAGUCACCACCACACUUACUGGCACCGAAGGGUACAUGGAUCCUGAGUACUUAAGGGCCGGUGAGCUGAGAGGCAAAACCGACGUGUAUAGCUUCGGGAUCGUUCUCCUGGUGCUCAUUACAAACCGACCAGCUUGCUCAGUCGUCGACAACAAACACACCAACAUUGCAGACUGGGUGCGGGCGAGCCUUGGUCAUGGAAGGAGCAGGGGCCAAGAUGUCGCUAGAGUCAUCGACCAGAGGAUAAGAGACCAUUGCGAUCUCAACUCUGUAUGGAAGGUGGUGGAGCUAGCGCUGCGCUGCGCCCAGCGGGAGGAAGCACAUGCCCGCCCCACGAUGACGGAGGUUGUGGCGACGCUGGAGGCACUUCAGCGGGAGGUUGUGGCCUCGGCUGCAGGGACCAGCAGCAGUUCUGCCAUGGCCGAGGACCUGCAGCCUGCUGAUGCUGUGGAUCAAGUUCAGCUCACAGGAGCGCAAUGAAGUUGCUGGGUGCAGUUGUGUCCCUGAUCCUGUUGUCUCCUGAAUUUACUGGCUCAAUUUAGUUCAACAGUUGCUGACGCCAAACGCACGCGUUGGAGACUUGGAGAAACUCAACCACGGAUGCAUGUGGUUCUGAAGAUGUUGUACUGUGCAAUUCGAUCUCUUCUCUCUCCACAGAAACUCCUGAAAACACAAUGAGAACUCUGAACAGAAGUUUGACAUCAUUUCUUGUCAGUAGUAUAUCACUAGGUUGUUACGGUUGGUCAACAGUGAGGGGUUCACCCAAACUGAGACACAUUGCUGCACAUGUCAAGAAUCAUGACUACU